AUGGCCACUAAACGUUUUGCUCUCCUUAGUGUUUCGGACAAAACCGGUCUUAUUGACUUGGGCAAGAGUCUGUCGGCCUUGGGUUUCCAAUUGGUUGCCAGUGGUGGUACUGCAACAGCUUUACGUAAUGCCGGUUUGACCGUCAAGGAUGUCUCCGACAUUACCGGUGCCCCUGAAAUGUUAGGCGGUCGCGUCAAGACUCUACACCCUGCUGUGCAUGGUGGUAUCUUGGCCCGUCUUACACCCUCCGAUCAGGCUGAUAUGCAAAAACAAAAUUUCGACUACAUCAAUUUGGUGGUCUGCAAUCUGUAUCCUUUUGUCAAUACCGUGUCCAAACCCGAUGUCACUGUGGCUGAUGCUGUCGAAAAUAUCGAUAUCGGUGGUGUGACAUUGCUUAGAGCUGCUGCCAAAAAUCACGAACGUGUUACUGUCAUCUGUGAAGCUUCCGAUUAUGCCAAGGUUUUGCAGGAGAUUCAACAACACGGUGAUACCACAUUGGAGACACGUAAAUUGUUGGCCCUUAAAGCCUUCACCCAUACCGCAACCUAUGAUGAUGCCAUUUCCGAUUAUUUCCGUAAACAAUAUUCAAGUGGUGUAUCGCAAUUGAAUUUGCGUUAUGGCAUGAAUCCCCACCAGAAGCCUGCUCAAAUAUUUACCCAAUUGGAAAAGUUGCCAUUGCGUGUGGUUAACGCAUCCCCGGGUUUUAUUAAUCUCUGUGAUGCCCUAAAUGGUUGGCAAUUGGUUAGAGAAUUGAAAAAGGCAUUGGGUCUGCCCGCUGCAACAAGUUUCAAACAUGUCUCUCCCGCUGGUGCUGCUGUUGGUAAUCCUUUGUCCAAGGAACAGGCUAAAUUGUGUAUGGUUGAUGAUUUAUAUGAUUCGUUGACACCAUUGGCUACAGCUUAUGCCCGUGCAAGAGGUGCAGAUCGCAUGUCAUCAUUUGGUGAUUUCGUUGCAUUAUCAGAUGUCUGUGAUGUUGUGACAGCAAAAAUUAUCUCACGUGAGGUGUCGGAUGGUAUUAUUGCACCUGGCUAUGAACCGGCUGCAUUGGAAAUUUUGAAGAAGAAAAAGAAUGGUGCCUAUUGUAUUUUGGAGAUGGAUCCCAACUAUGAACCCUCCGCCUUGGAACGUAAAACAAUUUUCGGUUUAACUUUGGAGCAGAAACGCAAUGAUGCUGUCAUUGAUCCCACCCUUUUCACAAAUGUUGUUACAAAACAAAAACAAUUACCCGAAUCGGCUGUCCGUGAUUUAAUUGUUGCAACAAUUGCCCUGAAAUUCACACAAUCCAAUUCGGUAUGUUAUGCUCGUGAUGGUCAGGUUAUUGGUAUUGGCGCUGGACAACAAUCACGUAUUCAUUGUACCCGAUUGGCUGGUGAAAAGGCCGAUAAUUGGUGGCUCAGACAACAUCCCCGCGUUGCUGGUAUGAAAUUUAAGGCUGGUGUUAAGCGGGCUGAAAUCUCAAAUGCCAUUGAUAAUUAUGUUAAUGGUACCGUGGGCAAGGAUAUGCCAUUUGCACAAUUUGAGGCCAUGUUUGAAGAGGUGCCACAACAAUUAACCGAACAGGAGAAACUUGAUUGGCUUAAACAAUUGAAUGGUGUUGCCUUGGGUUCGGAUGCAUUCUUCCCAUUCCGUGAUAAUAUUGAUCGUGCACGAUUGAGUGGUGUUUCGUACAUUGCCAGUCCCGCUGGAUCCACCAAUGAUGCUGGUGUUAUUGCUGCUUGUGAUGAACAUGGCAUUAUUAUGGCCCACACCAAUUUACGUUUGUUCCAUCAUUAAUGC